AUGGUUGUUAUUGCGAGCUCUUUGGGCUUGAUGCCUUUCACCAUCGGAUCUGUCGGGAUUUUGCCGGCCAUGGAGUUCCUCACCAACGAAUCGGAAAAUGGCCCCUUCCGACUUGACUGGUCUCAACUCUGUGUUUGGUCCAUUGGUGUCAGUAUCCUGGGUGUUGCCGUGACCCUACCACUGCGAAAACGGUUUCUUGUCCAAGAGCCUUUGCCAUUCCCAUUUGGAACGUCGUCGGCGGCUAUGAUAGGAUCAUUACACCGGGAUACUGACAUUGCGGAUCGAAUUCUCCGCGCUCAGAAUGAUUUGGAUAGCACUAACGACAAGCAAAAGCCAUCACUUGUAGAAGACUCAGUUGAUACUGACGAUAGCCUUGUGCAACAUGGUUGGAGCCAGAAUAACAAACUCAUUCUCAUCACAUUCUUGUUUGCGGCACUUUACUCCCUCACUGCAUAUUUCAUCCCUCAAAUACGUACCGUAAAUAUCUUCGGCAACUAUCUUGCUCGAGAAUGGCUCUUUUCUCUCUCGACAUCCCCAGGCUAUAUCUCCAUUGGCUUGAUUGUGCCUCCAGUCACAACCCUUUGGAUCGUCGUUGGAUGCUUGAUUGGGUGGGGCAUACUUUCACCUCUAUCCAAAUUCAACGGAUGGGCCCCUGGCUCUGUCUCCGACUGGGAAAGCGGCUCAAGAGGUUGGAUCAUGUGGAUAGCAGUUGCACUGAUUUUAGGCGAUACAGCCAUCACUCUUUCGACAAUGCUCCUACGUUCCUUCAAUGUCUAUAUGCCAAACUUGGAAGAGGAUACACAGCCUCUGAUCAGAAGUUCAUCACGGUCUAAAGCACUGCCUCUCCUUGGGUCUUUACACUACCGGGAUGACAAAUUAACCACCAAAGUCUAUCUGAUCUGGAUACUAGCCGGCCUACUUCUAUGCUUCGCUUCUAUGAUCGUCCUUUUUGGGUCUUCAGUUCCAAUAUUAGCCUUACUGUUGGCAGUAUUCACAAUCUUACCGCUAAGUCAUGUUAACAUUCGCUGCUACGGAGAAACGGGGACUGGAGGGGCGGCCUAUAUUGCUAAAAUCCCGCAAUUUCUGUUCGCCUUCCUGAUACCUUCAACAAAUCCAAACGCCAUUUUACUCAGCUUAGCCGUUGCUGGUGUUGUUGAAGCAAGCGUCUGGCAAGCGGCAGAGAUGAUGGACGAGUUCAAGAUGGGACAUCUUGUCAAUGCGCCACCGAUGUCUCUUUUCUAUGGACAACUGAUUGGAUCGUUGGUUGGAUCCGCGAUAUCGAUGCUGGUCUACCGGCUUUACACCAACAUGCUCGGCUUUCCGUCCAAAGACUUUCCCAUGCCAUCGGCGCACAUCUUGAUUUCAACAGCUCGGCUAGUAUAUGGCCGAGGCAUGCCGCCUGGGCUACUCAAAUUUGGCAUAGUUGCAUCGGUUUUGGGUGCUAUAUUCAAGAUACUCAAAGAUUCUAAGCGUCUUAGUAGUCGCUGGUCUCCUUGCGUACCAUCCAGUGUUGCGUUAGCUGCAGGCAUGUAUAUUAUGCCUGAAAUGAUUUUGGCGCAAGGAAUUGGAGGUCUGAUUCAUUAUUAUACCCUUGGGCGCUGGGGUCGAGAAAAGGAAUCGCGCCUCAUUUCCACGGCUACAGGCUUCAUACUUGGUGAAGGCUUGUUCAGCUUAGUUACCAUGAUCCUACAGAGCAUUGACGCGCCACAUUUAUAA